AUGUCAACAGAGCAAGUUUCAAAUACUUUAUAUAUUAAAAGGAUCAAUGAUAAUGUCAGCAUUAAUCAAUUAAUCUUGCACGUAUUUGCCUACUUUUCACCAUAUGGACAAAUAAUUGAUAUAUCAGCAAGCAAGGCAAUUAAAAAACGCGGACAGGCAUGGGUUACAUAUCAAAAUAUAGAAAGUGCAAUUAAUGCAAAACGGGAUUUAAACGGAAUUUACAUAUUUUCCACUCCAAUUAGUAUUCAAUUUGCUAAAAAACGGAACAUAAACACUCUAAAACUCAAUGGUACAUACAAUUCUUAUGGUAGAAGAAAGGAAAUAAUUCAAGAUAAUGAAGUACGAAAAUUAACUACUGGACCAAUUCCUUAUCACUGGGAUAUUGACAUGGGUGGUGAUGAUGAAGAGGUUACUGAAAUGGUUAGACCUCUUGUUCAGAAGAUUUCUCAAGAAAUUGUCGAAGAAACACCAAAGGUUACACUUCAAGCACCAAACAAAAUCCUUUUCAUUCAAAAUAUUCCAGAAAAUACAGACAAAGCAGUUCUUGAUUUCCUAUUUGGUCAGUUUCCUGGGUUUGUCGAAGUUCGUACUUUACCUGGAAAGCAGACAAUCGCUUUUGUUGAAUACAAGACAGAAGAGCAGUCUGCUGUGGCUAUACAAGAGUUAAAUGGAUUUGAAAUUGAAAAUCAUCAUUUAACAAUUCAAUUUUCGAAAUAA